AAGAGUCUUGAGAAUUCUGCUCAACUGUGCGAGCAACCCAGAUUCCAGGUGUCUGAUAAAGAGGAAUUUGGCCCUCCUCGUGAUGGCAGGAUGGAAUGACUUGCAGAAUGAGUUGUUUUUCGAUGCAAAAAUGUGGAAGUAGGUUUUUCUUGACUGGCCUCCCCUGUGAUACACAGAUUCCAUGUUUCUUUCUCUUUUUUUAUCCCCAUUGGCAGGGGUGAUGGGAGAGGAUUUUUUUAGUGGAUGUUUGAUCAUUGGGGGGGGGAAUGUUUUCAUUAAGUCGAUGCACCCAUUUUUCAAAGCCUCCCCCAGAAGCUCGGAGAGCGCCGAGCGGCUCACGCACGUGUCUUUCUCUUUGCAGUACGCCACCACGGGAUGCUCACUGACCCUCCACCAUACGGAAAAGCCGGAACAUGAAGACAUCUGCGAGUUCCGCCCGUACUCCUGCCCCUGCCCCGGCGCCUCCUGCAAGUGGCAGGGCUCGCUGGAAGCCGUCAUGUCCCACCUCAUGCACGCCCACAAGAGCAUCACCACCCUUCAGGGCGAGGACAUCGUCUUCCUGGCCACAGACAUUAACCUGCCGGGCGCCGUCGACUGGGUGAUGAUGCAGUCGUGCUUCGGCCAUCACUUCAUGCUGGUGCUGGAGAAGCAGGAGAAGUACGAGGGCCACCAGCAGUUCUUCGCCAUCGUCCUCCUCAUCGGCACCCGCAAGCAAGCCGAGAACUUCGCUUACAGGCUGGAACUGAACGGCAACCGCCGGAGACUGACCUGGGAAGCCACGCCGCGGUCCAUCCACGACGGCGUGGCCGCCGCCAUCCUCAACAGCGACUGCCUUGUUUUUGAUACAGCCAUAGCACAUCUGUUCGCCGAUAACGGGAACCUGGGCAUCAACGUGACCAUCUCCACGUGCUGUCCCUGACGAGCUUCUGCAGCGGCGGCCAGCCGGGCAGCCGUCAGGGCGUCGGUCUUUUACACUUUAAUAAAAUAAAAUGUUGUUGUUGUUUUUU